AUGAGUCUUGCUGAAAUUCCAGCCCCAAAGGGGGCCGUCUACCUUCCUCAUCAUUGCGUACUAAAGGAAACCAGCUUGAAUACAAAACGUCGCGUCGUAUUUGAUGCUUCGUCCAAAACAGCUAGCAGCAAAUCAUUAAACGACGUGCUAAUGACUGGACCGGUUCUACAAGAUUCGCUUGUUAACAUUUUGCUACGUUUUCGCACCCCGGCCAUCGCCCUCACAGGAGAUGUUCGACAAAUGUAUCGUAUGGUGAAAGUGGCUGCAGCAGAUUGCAAUUAUCAGCGUAUACUUUGGCGGUGGAACGAAAAGGACCCGGUCGACGAGUACACAUUAAACACCGUUAUCUAUGGUACCAAAUCUGCGUCCUACUUAGCUACAAAAUGUGUCCGGCAAUUGUUGAGCAAUCUAGCUGAAAGUGAUCCUGAUACGUUCCAGAAGGCAUCAAUGGGAAUUUACGUCGAUGAUAUUUUGACCGGCGCGGAUUCCCCUGAGGAGGCACGGCGAUUGCGACAAAAAUUAUCCGAAAUUUUCUCAACGGGAGGUUUUCACCUCCGCGAAUGGGCAUCGAACCACUCAUCCGCAUUAGAAGGUGUACCAGAAGCUGACCUCGAAGUGAAAAUCCCCAUCGAACUCCACGGCAGCGACACAAUCAAGGCCCUUGGAAUCCACUGGCAGCCGUGUAGCGACGAGUUCACGUUUUCGUAUCAACCCUCUAAGAGCUUUCAGCCCACAAAGCGCAUCAUCCUGUCACAGAUCGCCAGCCUCUUCGACCCGCUGGGGCUCCUUGGCCCAAUUAUUGUCAUGGCGAAACUGGUAAUGCGCAAACUGUGGGAGCUGAAGGUGGACUGGGAUACAACUCCCCCUGGUGAGUUGAUCAAUGAUUGGCUUAUAUUUGCACAGAAUCUGUCGUCUCUCAAUUCGUUUCAGGUUCCUCGGCGUGUGAUCGAUGCACGAAAACCAGUGAAACUCUACCUGCACGGCUACAGUGACGUCUCCGAGAAGGCCAUGGGAGCCUGCAUUUACGUCCGUUCCGUCGACGCGGCUGGCAAUCACUCAUCGCAUCUGCUUUGUGCCAAGUCAAAAACGGCACCUAUCGGAAACAACAGGUCUACCAUCCCCCGUUUGAAGCUACAUGCAGCGGUCAUUCUGGCGAGACUCAUACACAAUAUUGCUGAUGGUGCGUCAAAAUGGAAAACAUAUGUUGCGAAUCGUGUUGCCGAUAUAUCCACGUUACUGCCUGCAAUCAACUGGUACCACGUACGCACGCAGAACAACCCAGCUGAUCUAAUAUCCCGAGGUGCACUGCCUGCCAAUCUACAAGGAAAUUCGCUUUGGUGGCACGGAUCAGACUGGGAACAUUCUUCGCCUUCAUACGAGGUGGACUCGACGCAUAAAAACCACAUCGAUCGGGAGCGGAAAUCUGUAGCAGUAAGUCUUCUUACAAUCAACGAAAACUCAUUUAUAUAUGGCAUGCUGAAUCAUUAUUAUCCGAACAAACAAAUGCUUCUUCGAGUCACCGCUCGCCUUCUUCGGUUCGCUCAUCGUGGUCACGAGGGCUUGUCAGCCGCUGAGUUAAAUAAGGCUUUGAUGAUCUACGUUCGACACACACAACACAAAUACUUCUCGAAUGACAUUCAACGAUUGAAGGAUGGUAAAACCGUUGCAACUGGAAGCUCCAUGUAUCAGUUAUAUCCCCACUUAGAUGCAGAUGGACUCCUCAGGAUGGGCGGUCGGCUCCGGUUAUCGAAGUUGAAUUACAACACCAAGCAUCAACUGCUACUUCCGCGCCAUUCGAUUUUAACCUCAUUAAUUCUACAGCACAUCAAUAAUCUUCAUUGCGGACCACAAACACUCUUAGCAGUUUCUCGUCAGCGUUUCUGGAUUCCUUAUGGAACAAGUGCUGCCCGUAAAAUCUACCGACAGUGCAUUACUUGCGCUCGUGUUAGACCUCCUCCUUCACGACAGCAAAUGAGACAGCUUCCUGCCGAUCGCUUAGAACCGCAGCCACCGUUUGCCAUAGUUGGCAUUGAUUAUGCUGGUCCAAUCAACAUUACUAGCCGCAAAUCGAGGGGAACUAACGCCAGCAAAGGCUACAUUGCCCUUUUCGUUUGUUUUGUCACAAAGGCUGUGGCACUAGAGGCGGUUGCCACCUGUAUGAACUCUCGGCCUAUCGCUCCAAUCGCGAACAACCCAAGUGAUCCGCAGCCGUUGACUCCGGCGCAUUUCCUAAUCGGUCGACCGUUGACAACAGCGCCUGAAGUCAAUCAACUAGAACGACGUAUCACUUCGAUGACGCGAUGGCAAUUCGUUCAGCUGAAGGCACAGGAAUUUCGUGAUCGUUGGCAAAGGGAAUACGUGCGGUCACUUCAGUUAUUCACUAAAUGGCAGCAAUCAGCAAACAAAAUGAAGGUCGGCGAUUUCGUGCUCAUAGUUGGAGAAAAUGAAAGACCGAAGCAGUGGCCGCUUGAACGGAUUGUGCAGACGCAUCCUGGCCCAGAUGGAUUGGUGAGGGUUGUGACCGUGAAAACUUACCACGGAGUGACUCAAAGAGAUAUCAGACGACUAAGAGUGGUGCCACUCGACAGUGAUGAAGUUGUACCUGGUCGCUUAGGCAACGAAAUUCUGUAA